AUGAAGCUCUCUCUUCUCGCUAUCACCCUUGCCGCCGCCGCAGCUACCUCGGACGCUAUCCGCAUUCCGGUCAAACAGACUCGCCGCACGCCACUUCCCAAGCGCAGCGGCUUCGGCACCGUGUCCGUCUCAAAGCCGUCCACCGCCUUGUCAAAAUACAAGGUCCUCGCCUCCGGCAGCUCCGCGGACGACGACGACGGCGUCGACCUCAGCACGGUUCAUGAUCUCAUAUAUAUGGCAAACGUGGUACCUGCAGAUUACACUGUGCAACUUGACACUGGGUCGUCCGACCUCUGGAUAAAAGGCUCCUCAUCCCCGCUACCCAACACCACCGAAACGUCCACGACAUACAACCUCACGUAUGGGAUUGGUUGGGCGUAUGGUCACAUUUCUUACGCUUCCGCCGAGUUCGCUGGCAUUUCCAUUCCCAAACAGGCGUUCCUCGAUGUCUCUCAAGCCAACAACCCGGCGUUGUCCUACGGCGCCGAUGGCAUCCUCGGCCUUGGUUUCACGUCGCUCUCUACCAUCGACGCGCUCGUCAAUGGCACGGGCGCCUCUACCGGGCGGUCCAUCCUUUACAACGCCUUCCUUGACAACCCUUCCGAGCCCAAUUUCAUCGCGUUCGCCCUCCAACGGUCUACGGACAACUCGACAGAUGAUGUAGAGGGUAUGUUCUCCAUUGGCGAGGUGGAAGAAGGCUACGAGGACGUCAACAAGAGUGUGGCAUUGCCGACGUGGCCAGUGGCGUACCCGAAGCGCUGGAAUGUGUUGCUCGAAGCUGUAAUCGUGGGCAACACGACGCUCUCCGUUUCCACCACAGUGUCCGGUGCUCCUUCAAACCGGGCAGUUGCGUUGCUUGACAGCGGCACCUCGUAUACCUAUGCGCCCACUGAUAUCGUGCAGGCGAUAUACGGCAGCAUCAAGGGUGCGAGCUACGACUCUAGCCUCGGGCAAUGGGUUGUGCCGUGUAACCAGGAGAUCGACAUGGCGCUCCAAUUUGGGCACUAUGCUGAUUGCCACACCAAUAGCGGCGUGGUAUACCCUCUUCAUCCUUUGGAUAUCACCCCAACCAGUCCGACUGAUAGCUCGAAAUGUGUUGGCUCCUUCGUUCCAUCCGGUGUCUCGGUCGGUGCCGGCGAGUUCGACUGGCUAAUGGGUGAUAGCACCCUGCGCUCUAUGUAUUCCGUGUACGACUUUGGUGACUUCGACUCUUCCGGGUACAUGGGUAACCCGUACGUCAAACUUCUGUCGGUCGUCGAUCCCGAUGAGGCUUCGAAGGACUUCGCCGCGGCCCGUGGCACGACGGCGCGCACUGGCAUCACCUACAACGCGUCCAAUUCGACGGCCAACAGCGCCUCCACCACCAUCUCGAUCUCGACAGAUGUCGCCGACAUCAUCGACAAGCUCGGCAAGUACUUGCCGGCCAUGGCGGCCGUCAUGGCGCUCAACGCCCUCGUGCUGCUCGUCCUCUGCAUCGCCGUCGUCGUGUACCUCUGUCGCCGGCGUAGCUCUCGCGGCGGCGUCAGUCGUUUCUCACGCAAACGCGCCAACCCCGGCCGCAUGAGCCCGAUGCCCAUGGGCCCUCCUUCACACCCGGAUGCGUUCACGCCACCCGACACGCACAACUACGAGCCUGUGUCGAUGGCGAUCUCGGAGGAUACUAUGUUCUCGCCUCCGUCUCCCGGAUACGGCAAGUACGACGGCGACACCCUCAAGGGCUUCGCUCGCCCGAAGUCGAGCGCGCUCUCCAUGGACCGACCCUAUUCCAUGGCCAGCACAAGCGCCGCUCCGCGACCGAACUCGAUGGCUCCGUCUAUGGCCAGGCCCUAUUCCAUGAUGCCAUCCACGUCCAACAACCCGUUCACCGGGCAUCCGGGCGGUGCUCCUUCAGCUCCCUUGUCUCCCCUGGGUGGCGUGCCCGUCGUAGCGCCGCAACCGAUCACAUCACCCCUCUCAGGGCCGUCGGAGCGUCCACCUUCAGCCCAGUCCAUCCGCGGCCGGCCUUCUACCGGAUCGAUCGCCACUCAGGGUACCACGGACACCGUCCCACCUCUGCCAGGUACCACCACGGCGUCCAGCUCAACGGCGCAGCUCCUCCGUCCCUCCCACCUGCGCAACGUCUCCACCUCGUCGGAGUUCCUGCCUCCGAAGGCCCGCUUCCAGGAGUCAGACCUCGGCGAGCGCCCCAAGUCAUUCGCGAACUGA